GCUCCACACUAAGGUCUAUACCUAGGUAUACUACGCUCGAUGUCUGCCAACAACCAAGGCUCUAUAUCGCGCGGCUUUCGCCAGCUCCUCUGCUUGAUUCGCCCGAUCGAGACUAGCAACAUAAAUACGGACACCAACGAAGGCGACGAGUAUCCGCUCCCGUUUCUCCCAGCCCAGCGGCCGCGUCCGCUCACGCCAAUCUCGUCGCAGCAAUCCCCUAUCAAUCUCGGCAGGUUGGCUCGAGUACCUCCCGAGUUGCGAUGGCGCAUCCUGAUAGCGGCGUUUGGAGGCCGCACAUUGCACCUGGACAUGCAAUUCGCCCACCCGCGGCGAGCCGACGCCUUCGAUCUUGUUGCGCAAGAUGUCAAUGGCGCCGCGCAUGGCUUUGGUGUGUCACCUUUGAGCCCUUGGUACUUCCCGGCCCGCGACGCACCACGCGCUUGGCGGUGGACCAGCUGCGUCUGCCACCGCAUGCUCCCUGUAGGCUCCCGGUUUGAGCGGCGCUGUUUAGCUAAGGGACGUCCAGUUGCUAGCUAUCCCCACAGUGAUGGGUGUCUCUAUGGCGAGGUCACCUACUGUCAUCUGUGGCCGCCCGAAACCAUCACAACGCGCGCAAUGAUCGGCGCCCCGGGGAAAUGCAUGGUCGGCGUGAUGGGUUGGCUACUCGCGUGCCGGCAGGCAUACGUCGAGGGCGUAAACGUUCUCUAUUCCACCAACACGUUUUUCAUCGAGAGCGACAUCCUCUUCAGUAACCUAGUCUGCCGGGAGUCUGGUCUCGUCUCCCGCCAUCUGAUCCUACCGGAACGACUGACAUGUAUCACGUCGCUUGAACUGCGAUUGGACCUCGUGCUGUUCGGUUCUUCUCUCCGUCCUGAUCGUGGCAAGACGCAUGACUCCAACAAGGACAGGGCUCAGCUGGCGGCCAAUCUCCGUCACUUGUGCGAUCCAUUCCCGAACCUACGCAGCUUGGUGCUCUCAUUCCGGGACCAUCUCUACAACGAUCGCGAGGUCCGGCCUGUCUACGCUCUGGAUGAAAUCAAUCGCGUCCUGCUGCGGCCGCUUGCCCAUGCCAUGACCCGUCUCCCGUUGCCGGCGCGGCAGAAGGGCAUUGUGGUCGAGCUUCCGUCAAAUGUGUUUGAAGAGCUGAAGGGCGUCCGGCGAAAGGGUGGUGCCCCGGGCUUGGGGCUCGAGGAGGAGGAGAAAGUCUGCGAGAUAGGCAAUGGCGGGUUCAUGACGCAAAGCGUCUGGCUACGGUAUCCUUUAUCCUGCGGUGCGGCUGUGUCCGACCCUGCAGCAGAGUGCGGUCACGAUAGGAGUGACUUUUACUACAUCAAGAAGGGCCCGGAGAGCGACCUUUUCUGGGACCACAACGGUACACCACAGUGCCGGCCGUAUCUUACUAGUGGUUGCUCUGGAUGAACGGCAUGCUCAAUGCAUAUUAGAUAACUUAGGUGCCUCACUACAUUGGGGUUAUGCACAUAGCAUGAUCCUACUCCUAUAC